CCCCGCCGAUCCGAGCCAUUGCAGAAGGGCGCAAAAGCGGCGCGCAAAGAGAUCCUGCAGCAGUGGCAGCAGCAGCGGCGGCAGCGCAGCGGGCAGCACGUGUCGGCUCGGCUGGGAGACGCCUCCCCGGCCCCCUGGCCCGAGAGCCGGAGGAGGGACGCUUCCCCCAGCUCCUCCCGGAGGCUCACAUGACCGAGGCCAGCGAUGGACCGAGAAGAAGGGCCCGACGCGAGCCCGGGAGGAGCCGCGGACUUGGGGGAGCCUCAGGUCAGUGACCCCAAGGACCCAGAAGAACCCCCGAUGCAGAAGCGUCCCGGAAGCCCCUUGGUCCUCCCUCACACCUUGCAGGAGCUCUUGAGCAAGGACACCGUUCAAGUGCAGUUAAUCCCGGAGAAAAAGGGGCUGUUUUUGAAGCACGUGGAAUAUGAAGUCUCCAGCAAGCGUUUUAGGUGCUCCGUUUACCGGCGGUAUAACGACUUUGUGGUUUUCCAUGAGAUGCUCCUUCAGAAGUUCCCCUACCGUAUGGUUCCUGGCUUACCUCCCAAGAGGAUGUUAGGAGCUGACCGAGAAUUCAUCGAGACCAGGCGCCGUGCCUUGAAGCGUUUCAUCAAUCUGGUGGCGCGACACCCUCCUUUUUCAGAAGAUGUCCUUCUGAAGUUCUUCCUCUCUUUCAGUGGGUCGGAUGUUCAGAACAAGCUGAGGGAGUUGGUCCAAGGUGUGGGAGAUGAAUUCAUGGUCUGCAAGUUCGCAAUGCAAGCAAAGGAGUAUUUGCCUACAGACAUCCAAAUCCAGUUUGCGGCCAGCCGAGAAUUGAUCAGGAACAUCUACAACAGCUUCUACAAACUCAGGGACCGGACCGAGCGAAUAGCCUCCCGGGCGGUGGACAAUGCCUCAGACCUUCUCCUCUUUGGGAAGGAGCUAAGUGCCUUGGGCUCGGACACGACCCCGCUGCCUUCCUGGGCGGCUCUGAACCACAGUGCCUGGGGCAGCCUGAAGCAGGCCCUGAAAGGCCUCUCCGUGG